CCUAUUUGUGUCUUCUUUGGAAGGAAUAAACCCCAACAACAUUUUUUUCUCUCUCCUCCGCUCUGCUGGCUGCUUGCAGGUGUCCAGCCGGCUUCGAUUGCUCACCAUCUCCCUGUUUGGAGACCUGCUGAGGUUAGUGCAGAGGAUGGACAAACAGAGCACGAAGAAGUAUGUCCUGAAGAGUCUUGUUUCAUUGUUCUUCCACUUGGAGGAUGUGAACCCCAAGGUGUCUGAGUCAUCUUGGGGCACCCUCUUCACUGCUGCAGCACUUCUUGGUUGGACAGAGAUCCAACCCCUUAUCCAGAGGAAGGAGACAUGGAAGAUCUGUGAGUGCCUGCUAAUGAGGAACAGGAGGCGAGCUGAUGAUUUCCUGAUAGAGAGCCUUGUCUACAUAGAGAACCCUCAGGAUCCCAUCCGUGAAGCAGCGGUCAGGUUCAUUGGACUUGCUGCCCGGCAGAUAGAGGACCAGAACGAGGAAAAACUAGACAAACUCUGCAGUAUCCUGAAUGACCUGCUUCUGGACCAGAAGCCCUCUGUCAGCACCCUGGCUUCUCAGACGCUCCUGAUUCUGAAGGUCACAUGGAACCAGCCGGCAGCAGGAUGCACCCUAGGGACCCUCUUCACUGCCUGUCUCACCUUCUGUCGGGGGGUAUAG